AUGUUCCAUGUUCCAUGGCCACAUGUUGACAGUUGACAUACGUAUACAUGUAGCUUAACUUUAAACUUGGUUUAAUUUUCUAUCUCUUGAAUUCCAAGGAUUACAAAAUAAUAUGAGAUAUUAAAUGUCAAAUUGCUAUUAUUUUCACGCGUUAGAAAAGAAAAAAAAUGUAUCAUACUAAUUAAAAUUUUAAAAAUUUGGCGGAAAUUGUAAUCUCUCUUAUAUAAUUGAACAAUUUUUUAAUCCUUUUUAUUCCAGAAUGCAUAAUAUAAUUAUGGAUCAGAAAAUUUCUAUAUAGUUAAAUUAGACUAAUUAUGCCAAAGAAGAAAAGAGAUGGGUGGGGAGAAAAUGGCUUUGAAGAUUGGGGUGGUUAUAUGGCUGCAAAGAAAGCCAAACUGGAGGAACAGUUUCGUGAUACAGCUAAGAAAGAAUUUAAAGAAUCUAAAGAAUCAUCACAAUUGUUUAAAGGAAUUGCGAUAUUUGUUAAUGGUUACACAGAACCAACGUCGGAUGAGCUCAGACGUCUAAUGAUGAUGCAUGGAGGAAUAUAUCAUCAUUACAUGCGCCCUAAAAUCACGACUCACAUUAUAGCAUCUAAUCUGCCAUAUUCCAAAAUAAUGUUAUAUAAAAAGAGUCAAAAUCCAAUUCCUAUUUGUAAGCCCCAGUGGAUCAUCGAUAGCAUAGCAGCUGGAAGCGUCUUGAAUUUUCAGAACUAUUUACUUUAUUCUAAUAGCACUGAUGUACAGCCUCAGUUGGCAUACAAAUUAAAUAAUAAGAGUAAAGAUAGUACUAACUUUGUUGCACAUAAUAAACCAGAUAAUAUUAUUGAGAAACCUGAAACUUCAGUGAACAACAAGACUGAUAUAAAUAGAAAGAAUUCAUCAAAACACAAUGUGUUUAAUGAUGCAUCGAAAGAAAUUAUAACCAACUCUAAUCAAUCUUUGAAUACAAAAACGAGUGCGCAAUCUACAAAGGAUGCUGAAUUUCUAUCGACGUUUUACAGUAACUCGAGAUUACAUUAUAUUUCUACCAUGGGAACUAUGUUCAAAGAUUAUGUGAAUGAGUUAAGGGAUAAGAGCAACGGGGUAUUUUCCGGCCUUGAGCGUUUAAUAAAAUUAAAUGGCACUAAGAAUGCCUCUACUUCAGUUGGCUGUGAAUUGGAUUUUGAAGAUGAGACAAUUUGUUUUGCAGAUAAAAUUACAACUAAAGCGAAUGACAAGCAAUCUAUUAUAAUGCAUAUUGAUAUGGACUGCUUUUUCGUAUCCGUGGGAAUCAAAAAUAGACCGGAAUUACAAAAUGUACCGGUGGCCGUAACACACGCGAAAGGCAAUACAUUUUCGGCGAAUUACAAUGGCAAAGAAGAGUUUGGAUCUAUGUCGGAAGUAGCUUCAUGCUCGUACGCAGCAAGAAAGGCUGGUGUAAAGAACGGCAUGUUUUUAGGAGAGGCAUUAAAACUAUGUCCUAACUUAACGACGAUUCAGUAUGAUUUCGAGGGUUACAAGGAAGUUUCAUACAUAUUGUACGACACCGUAGCAUCCUAUACUUUAGAUAUCGAAGCGGUAAGCUGCGACGAAAUGUAUGUCGAUUGCACGAAAAUUCUUGAGACAUCUGGACUUUUACCGUUGGAGUUUGCUACUAUAAUCAGGAAUGAAAUAAAGCAGAAAACGGGUUGUCCGGUGUCCACGGGAUUCGGUAAUAAUAAGUUGCAGGCGAGAUUGGCAACGCGAAAAGCUAAGCCCGAUAAUCAAUUCUAUUUCAGCGGUCAAAACGCAGAGACAUAUAUUCGAACUUUUAAUAUAAGAGAUUUACCAGGAGUUGGCGGAACAACUUCAUAUAAGUUACAUAAAAUGAAUGUACGUACAUGCGAAGAUUUGCAAAGAAUCUCGUUGGGAGUUUUACAAAAAGAAUUCGGCAAAAAGAUGGGAGAGCAGUUGUAUAAGAUGUGCCGUGGGAUAGAUGACACAAAGCUGAAUCUAGAAUAUAUCAGAAAAUCUGUAUCAGCUGAAGUUAAUUAUGGCAUAAGAUUCCAGAAUAAUGGUGAUGCUGUUGAUUUUUUGAGCGAAUUAUCUGUAGAGGUGUGUAAUCGAUUGACAUUGGCUCGUGCAAAAGGUAGAUGCAUCACAUUAAAAUUGAUGGUCAGAGCUGAAGAAGCGCCGAAGGAAGCCGCAAAGUUCAUGGGUCAUGGACUUUGCAAUUAUAUAACAAAAUCGAAGAAUCUUAUAGCAGCUGUUAAUGACAUCAAUAUAAUUAAAAAGGAAGUUAUAAAUAUUUGGAACCAAUUGCAUUUAAUACCCGAAGACAUGAGAGGAAUUGGAAUACAAAUAUCCAGAUUAGAAAUGUAUAAGACUAAGCAAGCUAAAAGCAACUUAAUUAAUUUUUUUAAUAAAACGAAAAAAUCACAACAAACGUACGAUAAAAUGUUGGAAGAUGACAACAAGGAUCAUUGCGUCUCGGAGAAAUCUAAAUUGGAUUGCUCUGAAAUGUCUCCAACUACAAAACCAUCACUAGAAAGAAAAAUUUGUGAUGCAGAAAUUAAUAAUUUGCUACCGGAAUCGGCAAAAAAUUCUGAGUUGAUCGAUAGUGCAAUUCCAAUUGAUGUUCAAGUCGAACCAUUGACAGCUAAAUUAAAAAAUAAGUCUAAGGUUAAUGAAAAUACUAGGGCGAAAGAUUUAUUUGAAAAAUCCAACAAAAAAGUACUACAAAAACAAACGUCUCAAGAGAAUUUUUUUAAACAAGUAAAACCAAAUAGCGGAAAAUUAUCGAAAUGCGAUAUCGAGAUACCGCAAAUACAAGAUAUUGAUAUGUCUGUGUUAAUCGAAUUGCCUACAGAUAUAAGAAAUGAGAUAUUAGACGAGUACAAAAGAAACAAGAAACAAUCUCGAAUGAACACUACAGUUGAUUCGAUAAAUGAAAUGCUGCAUGACGAAGAAAAUACAAAUGUACAAAAUUGUUCGCAAGUCGAUCCGGACACUUUAUUAGCUUUGAUGGAAAGUAAUUUGCAUCCCGAUGUGCAACGCGAUGUGCAGAUGUACUGUAAUAUGAAGAAAAAAACUAAUAGAGCAAAUUUCAUAGAAACAAAUAAAAAAAGCGAUAGUAAACAAUUACAAGAAGUGGAUGCUUCAAAGAUCAGUGAUAAUAAAGAGAAUGCAAUACUUAAUGUAAAUAGCAUUUGUAAAGAUAAAGCAGAACGUAUAGCACCAGAGAACACAAUGCAUGCGGCGGAUCAACUGGGCAAAAACGGCGAUACUACUGAAGCAAACCAUAUACCGUGCCAAAUUAAUCGUGUCGAGACUUCAAAUAAGAAUAUUGCGAUAAAUAAAACUGAUAUCUGUAUUUUACAGAACUUGAGUAUUUUACAUAACAAUGAGAAAGUAGAUAAACAUCAAGAAAUGUUGAUUAAUCUUGUGAAUCAUCUCUUCACUCUUCCAUUACAACAGAUAAAACUGCAAAUACAAACGUGGGUCACUAAAUCUAAUAUUGUGAAUGAAGUGGAUUUCCUGUCACUAGCGACAUUUCUUAGCAUGCUUCCGGAAAAGAAACGUAUCGAAGAUUUACAUGUUUUGCUGAAAACAAUGUACAGAUGUACAACGAAAACUGGAAACUGCAUUUGGCAUAGAACGUACAGAAGGACCGUGAAACAUGUUCAACGUUAUAUGCAGAUCGAGUACAACAACAAUCUAAUGAUACCGUUGAUCAGAUGUAAUGAUCCAAGAUGUAAUAACAAUUGAAUACAAAAUCUCGUAAAUUUAAUAAAUUAAAUUUCUACUAA